CCAAAAUUCAAAACCCCCUAAAUUAUCUAUCGCACUGCAACUCCUUACUCCCCCCCGCCCCCCUCCUCCAACUCUCUCUAUCUUCCUCAACAAGCUUCUCUCUCCUACCGCCAUUAUCACUUCUUUUAAAACCUCUCUAAAAUGAUGUUCAAUACUUCCAUUUUCUCUAAUAUGCGUUUCUUCCUUGCUGGAUUCACUCCUCAACAAUACCUCCAGGUGAAAUCAAAUCUCACUGCUGAUGGUGGUGUUGUUGUUGAGGAGUACGGUCUUGAUUGUACUCACGUUAUCGUCCACAACCUCGUCAUUGAUGAUCCUGUUUGUGUUGCUGCUAUAAAGGAUGGGAAGAUACUUGUUACAAGUCUAUGGGCUGACCAUAGUUUAGAGGCUGGAGGACCGGUUGAAACUGACAAUAUCAUGUAUAGGCCAGUAAAAGAGCUAACUGGAAUUCCAGGCGCAAAUAAACUUCUUAUAUGUUUGACUGGAUACCAAGGUCCCGCGAGGGAUGACAUUAUGAUAAAGGUGCACUUAAUGGGAGCUCAAUUUACUAAACCACUUACGGCAAACAAAGUCACUCAUCUUAUAUGCUACAAGUUUGAAGGGGAUAAGUAUGAGCUGGCUAGGAAGGUACCCUUUACAAAAAUUGUGAAUCAUCAAUGGUUGGAUGAUUGCCUGAAGACUUGGAAAAUUCUCCCAGAGGAGCCCUAUAGCAAUAAAAGUGGCUUUGAAGUGGAGAUGCAAAAUGAAGCUCAAGACUCAGAAGGAGAAAAUGGAGAUAUUUCUGGCAGAAAUCGGAUCAAUAUGCAAAAUGGUUUAAGGGAUUCCAAAAAUCACUCUGUGACUCCUAGUAAGCUGUCAAUCCCUUCAUCAGAGCAAGGAUUAUCAAAGAGUUCAAUUGUUAAUGGCGGGAAGCUGCUGAAGUCUGAUUUUCGGUCUGAAUCUAGAAAUGUUAAUAUUUUGGAUAAGCAGCCUGAACAUUCCCAUAAAGUUCAGUAUCAGAAAGAUGCUAAAUGUGAUAAUGCUGAUGCUCAGAUCAAAAAUGGCUGCCCACUCACUACUGUGAAUGCAAUGAAUGAAGCUGAUUUUGAUGGUGAGAAGGCUAAUAUUUUUAAUAGUUCAAUGAAAAAACCCCAAAAAACUAGUCUUCCAUUGCAUGUUCGAGAGGACUCGAAAAGAAAAAAUGGAGCAAACUCUCCUUCAAAAAAACCAUCUAGAUCUAGGGCUUCCUUGCACUCUGCAGGAAAGUUUAGCCAGUCAGGUAGAAUGGAUGAAAAUUUAGCCGAAAAGAUUGAUGAUCCGCCGACCUUCAAUUUAGAGACAGACAAUGAAGUUGUCUCAGGGUGCACUGGAGCGCAGAGUUCCAAAAGACUUAAUGGUUCCUUGCAAUCAGCUGUAAGGUUGAGCAAUCUAGAUGAAAAACUAGAGAAGAGUUUAUCUGAAAAGGUGUCUGCUGAUGUCUGCUCCUCCACUGUGGGGAAAGACCAGGGAAAAGCAGCUUCAGCAUUUGGGACAGUUGCAGGUUCGUUUGAUGAUAAAGGCUCAAGUGAUUUACGGUCUCGAAAGAGGACUGCUGAUGGGUCAAAUCUGUCUCACACUACAAAAAAUCAGAAGUUAACUAGCUCAGCCAGUAAACGAGUUGAUGCAGCAGAUCCUAAAACUCUUGUUACCCGUAGUUCUGGUAGUAGUCAAACAAGACACGGGUCUGCUUGCCGAUCUGCAGAUUGUUCAUCUCCUAAUUUUUCAUCUAUCAAUUCCAGUGCAAAGAAUAUUGCUUCUAGAUCCCCGGCUUUCGAUUUGCUUCCCAACAGUGAACCAAUCAAUACACAUGGUGUAACCUGUCCUAACAGCAACAAUUGUGCUUUGACUUCACUCGAUUUGGGUAUUAAAAGGGGUGAACCACAAAAUUUGCACCAAAGUGGUACUGCUUCACCUGGAACCAACGGAUUAAAGGAUAUAAAGUCUGGGAGUCAUGAGUUGAACUCUGGUGAAAAAACUAACAGCUCUGAUUCAAAGCCACCUAGGAGAAAAAUGGUGGCUAGGAAAACUCUGGGUUCCAGAUCCAAGAUAAGUAAAAGAAGUACUGAUGUUCAAAGAAGUUCUGUCAUUCAAAACUCCUUUCGAGAUGAUGCAGCCACACGUCCAUUAGAUCAGGAUACUAGAGAUGAGCCCACACCUCUUUUUGCUGCCGAUAAAGAUCUUCUGCCUCCUACAAUAGAUGAUCCCCUUGGCUUAGGUUCUAAACCUCACCUAGAUACUAAAGUAAAGGAUCGCACAGAACUUUUUGAUGAUGAUACUGAGUCUCCACCUGAAUUGGUAGUAUGUGAUGAGAAGUUUUCUACAGCUGAGCAAUUGCAUUCAGUGAAAUUGAAGACAGGGGAAGCAUCUGGCAUACAGGUUCUUCAAGCUGAAAUCUAUAAUUCAGAUUCUGACCAGAAACAUAGGGAAGGAAUAUCAGUUGCUGAAACCGUUGGUGCACACCAAAUCCCGGAGCCUCAGAACAAUAAAGCGGUGGUUAAAGCAAAGAAAAAACCUACGUGUGUUGCAAAAGACACGGUCAAGAAUGCAGAUGAUAUUGAAGGGGGCAAGAACAUAGAUAGAGUUAAAGAACAAGUUGUUGGUGCUGCUGGUAAGAAAAGGUGUGGUACUCUGUUGUUGAAUAAGUCAAAAAGGCCUGUUGAAUAUUGUAAUGAUCAUAUUAAUUUGGGGAAAGAAAAAGAACCUGAAUGUAAUGAUCAAUAUGCAAAUAAAGGUUUAAAAGAUUGUGGGAAGUUAGCACUGAAGAAGAGGCUUGGAACUCUGCUUUUAAACAAACCAGAGGGUGUUGUUGAUGUGGAGAAUGAACAUGAGCUUGCCCAUCAGGGUGAAGGUCAAAAUGAUGGUAAACUGUGCCCUGGGGAGCUGGCUGCUAUUUCAAACACAUUACUCGGUGAUGUGGAAGACAAAAACAAAAAUGAUUCUACUGUUCAUAAUGGCCAAGGUACGAGUAAGGUCGCAAAACGCCCUGGGAUUGGAAAGAAAAGGCGUGGUACUCUGCUGCUGAAAAAUUCGGACAGUAUUGACACGGAGAAGGAAAAUGGGUCCGUUCUUGAUGGGGGACAACCCGCUCGGAAGCUGGCUGGUCCAUCUGGUGUCUUAGACAAGUCUACAGAACGUGAAAAAGAAAAUGUUGCUGUUGUUGGCAACAAUCAAGGUAGAGGUAAGGAUGGUAAACGUACGGGUAAAUUAGUUGGGAAAAAGAGGCGUGGAACUCUGUUGUUAAACAAGUCUGAGGCACUAGUAGACGAGGAAAAAGAAAAUGAUUCGGUUUCUGAAGAUAAAAGUAAAUGUGAAAUACUAGCUGAGAAGCUGUCUCCUAAGUCCAACCUGACUGCGAACAUGAGUGAUGCAGCUGAAUCGACUUCCUCAAACAUUCAUGAGGUGAAAGAAGCAUACUUUAUACUUAGUGGACAUAGACUGCAGAGAAAGGAAUUCCAACAACUCAUCAAGCGCCUCAAAGGAAAAGUUUGCCGAGAUUCACAUCAAUGGUCAUAUCAAGCAUCACAUUUCAUUGUUCCAGAUCCAGUCCGCAGAACAGAGAAGUUCUUUGCUGCAGCAGCUUCUGGGAGUUGGAUUCUCAAGACUGAUUACUUAACAGCAAGUAGUCAGGCCGAGAAAUUAUUGCCUGAGGAGCCUUACGAAUGGCAUAAGAAUGGCCUUAAUGAAGAUGGUGCUAUUAGCCUUGAAGCUCCAAGGAAGUGGCGUCUUCUAAAACAGAAGACAGGUCACGGUGCCUUUUAUGGCAUGCGGAUUGUGAUAUAUGGAGAAUGCAUUGCUCCAUCUUUGGACACUUUAAAGCGUGUUGUGAAAGCUGGGGAUGGGAUUAUCUUAGCAACUUCUCCACCAUACACCCGCUUUCUGGAAUCAGAGGUAGAUUUCGCCAUUGUUAGUCCUGGGAUGCCACGAGUUGAUAUAUGGGUUCAAGAGUUCCUCAAACACCAAAUUCCAUGUGUCUUGGCAGAUUACUUAGUGGAAUAUGUUUGCAAACCCGGUUAUUCUCUCGUUAGACAUGUUCAAUACAAUACCCAUGAGUGGGCUGCAAAGUCAUUUGCAAAACUCUUACGCCUGUCUGAGGAGGUCAUACAUGAUGCUGCUACACCAGAUGAUCAGAUUACUGAUGACCUAGCAUGUCAAGUAUGUGGUUCAACUGAUAGAGAGGAAGUGAUGUUAAUUUGUGGUAGUGAGAAUGGUUCCACUGGUUGUGGAAUUGGAACUCAUAUUGAUUGUUGUGAUCCUCCUCUUGAGAAUAUCCCUGAAGAAGAUUGGUUUUGCCCCCAGUGCGCUGAAUCACAAUGAACAUACCAGGAAAGCCAAAUAGAAAAGACGCCUUAAAGAGUACUCAUGUUUGGUCCUCCAGACAAUGACAUGGGUAUGAGCUUUCAAGAUUUCAUUCUUAUUUAGAUGCGUUGAGAUUUCAGAUAAAUAAUGACUUCUUACAAGUGGACACAUACUCGUGUCUACACAAAUACUUGAGUUCAAGUAACAUGGUGUAAAUCCCAUAAGCAAUGUAAAUCUUUGUAGGAAGACUUUAGUAACAUUAUCAAAACUCAUCAAGUCAUAAGCAGAAUUUAAGUUGAAAUUGUGCACUACAAUUAUGAUAAUGCUGUGUAUUUUUCCUUAAUUAGAUUUUGAUGAGCAGGGUGUGUAAUGAUGUCUGUUAAUUUGAUUUUUUAUGACUUGUAUCCUCGACUCUGUUGCAUGAUGUGUCUGCUUCGUUUCCCCCAUAUUCAAAGGACACAGCUUUGCGGACAUGACU